UUAGCUCUCUCUUGUUGCUACUUCAACUUCACCACUUUACAGGGUUUUAGAUUGUUGCACACUUGGAGGUUGAGCUUAGUUUGAGUAGAAAAAGAAUAAAUUCGACAUGAAGUUUCUCCAGCAAACAUAAACGAAAAUGAGAGUGGAAACCGCACUUGCGAUUCUCUUGGUUCUCAUAUCAAUUCAACAAUGUUAUGGAGGCUUAAGCAACUAUACGUGUACGUGUUUCUCUUCGGGCAAUCGAAGUGGUAUCUUAGAAUCUAACUGUUCCACAUCAUGUAAUUGCAGACCAGAAAGAGACCAAUGGGUAUGUUUGUGUCCUGCUAAUGGAUUUCCGGUAAUAGCCAUUGGCGGUUCCAAUUCUUCGUGCUUCACUUCCUGCAACUGCUCUGCUGGAGCUACCAAAUCUUCAAAGAAGCAAUAUUUAUCAAGGAAACUCGUUAUAAUUAUAGUCCUCUUCUGCGGUGUACUCACUUCACUAGCAUUCCUUGCCUCUAUGAUUUGCUACAUUUGUAGAAAGAACAAAUUCUCUGGACAAAGCCCUUCAGUUUCUUCAGAUAGAGAAUCUAGUUGGCAUAGCUCUGCCAACUUAAUAAACCGUAAAAGCUCGGUUUCACAAUCGAAAAUUAGCAUCAGCUCCUCGGUGUCAGGUUGCUUCUUUCAGAAUGUUUCUUUGUUUUGUGUGAGCAGACCUGAAACAAUCCAUGGUGCAAUUUUUCAGUUCUCAUACACAGAAUUAGAGCAAGCAACCAAUAAAUUUUCCAGUAACAGUGUAAUAGGACAUGGAGGAAGUAGUUGUGUUUACCGUGGGCAGCUCAAAGACGGUAAAACUGCUGCGAUCAAACGUCUGAAUACCCCGAAAGGAAAUGACACUGACACUCUAUUCUCAACAGAGGUAGAGUUAUUAUCAAGACUCCAUCAUUACCACGUGGUUCCGUUAAUUGGAUAUUGUUCGGAGUUUCAUGGCAAACAUGCAGAGAGGCUUCUUGUUUUUGAGUACAUGUCUUAUGGAAGUCUGAGAGAUUGCUUAGAUGGAGAGUUAGGGGAGAAAAUGACAUGGAACAUUCGAAUCUCUGUCGCUCUUGGAGCUGCAAGAGGUCUCGAGUAUCUUCACGAAGCUGCUGCUCCAAGAAUCUUACACCGAGAUGUAAAAUCCACUAAUAUUCUCCUUGAUGAGAAUUGGCAUGCAAAAAUAACCGAUCUUGGGAUGGCUAAGUGUUUGAGUAACGACGGUUUACAAAGCGGUUCAAGCUCUCCAACCACAGGACUACAAGGAACAUUUGGCUACUUUGCACCUGAAUACGCAAUUGCAGGAUGUGCUUCACAGAUGUCUGACGUUUUCAGCUUCGGUGUUGUUCUACUUGAGCUUAUAACCGGAAGGAAACCGAUACAAAAACCCAGCAACAACAAAGGCGAAGAAAGCCUCGUUAUUUGGGCUGUGCCGCGUUUACAAGAUAGUAAGCGGGUGAUCGAGGAACUGCCUGAUCCGCGGCUAAAUGGGAAGUUUGCUGAAGAAGAGAUGCAGAUAAUGGCGUAUCUUGCUAAAGAGUGUUUGCUUUUAGAACCAGAAGCUAGACCAACAAUGAGAGAAGUUGUUCAGAUUCUUUCAACCGUCACACCAGACACAUCAUCCAGACGUAGAAAUUUCCCCAUUAAUUAUCUUUUCCAGAGCAAUGAGAAGAAGAAAGAAAGCAAAGUGGGAUGGUCAAGAGGUGGGAGCAAGAGUGGACAUGAGGAUGAAACAGUGGACUUGACUGAGCCACGGUUCGAGUCCUUCUGCUUGCCGAAUGUGAAGCCGGUCUUGCUUGAACCAUCUGCACAUAUUUAAAAAAGUAGAUAGAAAAGCACAGAACAAAACCAGCAAUCUCUCACUGUGUAGAUAAAAGCUCACUAUGAAGAGAGUGAAGUGUUGAGACUUGAGAGUUUUCUAUAAGUGAGAGUGUCAAGAUUUGUUCUGAACUAGAGGACUUUUAAUUUAUAAUCUUAAUAAAAUAUUUUUAACAAA